AUGGUGCAACACAGAACAAGAGCUCGCGUGGCCUGCUUUUCCUGCCACCAGCGGAAGAUUCGAUGCGACCUUGCGAUACAUGGUUGUCCCUGCACCAACUGCCGACUGGAUAAAAAUGAUGGUUGCGCACCUGCUGAGUUAGUCUGCAGAAAACCAACCCGUUUUGCAAAGCCUGAGAUAUCUGACAAUGACAAAACACAAGACCACAAUGUCUAUCGUAUUGCAUCUUUCAAUAAUAAAGUGAUCUCACAGAUCACCUUCGACGAGUUUAUGGCGUCUGUGCCAGAAAAUCAGGCUCACAUUGUUUCCCGUCAAGAUUCUUUCGCAGCCCAGAGAUCAUUAGAAAUUGAGGAAAUUAUGGCCACCGCUUCUCCACUGGGCAAUGUGUUCUUUUCUUUUCAUCAAUUUCUAGACACCAGUUUCUUGUCCACUUUGCCCGCGGAUGAUAUUAGGUUUUUAGCAUCUAAAGGUUGCAUGCACGUCCCAGAUCAUAACAUAAUCCUUCAAUUCUUACAACAGUACUUUCUGAACGUACAACCUUGUCUUCCAGUGUUAGACGAGGCUGAUUUCUGGCAUAUGUACUAUGGACAUAAUGAUGGAACAAGCCGCGGUCGGAAAAUGUCCCUAUUUGUAUUUCAAGCACUCCUCUUUGCCAGUUGUUCGUUUGUUUCGCAGGAUAUUGUGCGAAAAUGUGGUUUUCAUGACAAACGUUCUGCAAGAAGUUCAUUUUAUAAUCGAGCAAAACUAAUGUUUAACCUGAAGGCCGAAGAUCGAAGUUGGGCAAGAGCUCAAGGUGCAUUGCUCCUCGCAUAUCAGACUUCCUCAGAUGGUCCGCAAUCUGCCAGUGUAUGGCUAUCGUGCGCAAUCGAAACUACGAUGAUAAUCGAUGCCCACGUGGCUCAAUCUUCCUCUCGUCAAGAUGACAAAAUAUCUUUGAAGAGAUUAUGCUGGUCAAUUCUCUUGCGGGAUAGAAUUAUAUGUUUAGGACUGCGUCGAGGCUCUCAAAUCACCUCAAAUCACCUCAAUAUGUGGCAAAACCGGCUGGAUGAAAGGGACUUCGCACCUGAGAUUAUACAUUCCAUGGUCUAUAAUCAGGCAACAAAGUGUGUGCUAUUCGACAUUUUUCAGACGCAAUGUGAACUAGCCAUAACGUUAACUGACUUGGUUUCGAUCGUCUACUCUCACGGGUUAUCACGAUCAUCAGUUUCUCCAGAAGAAUCCGAAGAGUUGAUUAUUAAGAUCCAGAAAAUCAAGAGUAGCCUGUCUCAAUGGAAGGAAGUUGCUAAUAUCAAGCUACACUCUAUUUCGUCCUCUUCAAUUGCCACUAAACCAGUUACCAUGUUUAAAAACAUGACAUUUUUAUUGUACCACACCGCAAGAGUAGCUCUGUCUCACUAUGAAGCGUUCAUGGUGGAAGGUCACUUCAAAUAUUUCCAAACCCGACAUAGCAACCAGCUACAGGCAAUAGGAAAUGAACUUAGAGAUGCGACCGCGGCCGCAACUCGAAUUAUUAAAGACUUUAGCGCAACUGGACAGAUUGAAACUUUGCCGCUGAGCUUAGUUGCCUACGCCGCCUUCCCGAUGAUACUUUCCGCGGUAGACCUGAAGCUAUCAUCCUCCUUCCCGCAAUUGACUUCCCGUCAACAACAGUUAAACUGUUUUGCUAAAGUUGUACGCCAGUCUCAAAGUCUCUAUGACGUUAUGGAUGAGGCUGCAAUUCUCUUCAACCGUAUACUCCAUUUAGCAUAUUCAAUGAUAAAAGGGUUGUUCCUCCAACAAGAUCAUUCAUCAGCUGCCGGUCUGAAAAGUCGCACAUCCAGCUGGCAUGAUGCCUUUCUCCGAUGUCCUAGAUUUCACCUUCGAUUAUCGGCAGCCAUGGACUAUAGUCUUUCUUAUGGUCACUAUCCACGCAAUGACGCUCUUCCUCGCCUUGUUCGUCCUGUGCCAUCAAUCCUCAUGGAAUCCCAGUCAUCGUGGAUGGUCAAUCAUCCUAAGACACUCGGAUGUGACGAACAAGCCGAGGAUGAUCUUCAAAAUUGUUCCCCCCACGAAGGAUACCUUUUUGAUGAUUCGACACCCAUUUUGCUUUAUGAAGAUUGGUCAAACCAUAUACAUAUGACAGAAGAGAUGACUCAACAAAAGAAACACGAGACUGAAACAGACGCUGAAUUAAAAGGAGAAGGAAGCGUAUUAGAGCAUGUCAAGUAUCACAUCAACAUGGGGAAUGAUCGAACCAUUCGAAAUUAUGAUCAGAAAAGCCAAAGUUCUGAAUAUAGUGAAGUAUCUAUGAACCUCAACUUCCUUGACCUAGAUGCUCUCAAAGCGCGAAGCAGGUGA